AUGCUCUCCUUCAGUGCCAUCUCUGUCUUCGCCACCCUCGCGCUCAGCGCCUUCACCUCUGCGGCCCCCACGAACGCCGCGGUCCCGACCGCCGCGCUCGUGAACGGUGUUUCCAAGACCGUUCCCGUGCACUCUGUCCCGAGCGCGAAGGGCCUUGUUCCCCGUGACACCAAGAACGUUGUGACGAUCAUUAAUGAGACGACGGUCAAGGUGACGGAGUACACCGUCGAGUUCCACUACCUCACGGCCGCUAACGCAACUAUCGAUAUCAUCGAGCCCAUUGUAUUGGACAUCAAGGCCGUCCUCGGUGAUGCGCUCACUGAGAUCAACGCUCUCGUUGGCGAGUCGACAUCGGUGAUUCUCGGGACCACCGACGGCGUCCUGCUCACCGUUGCUGAAGUCGCGGGUGCCAUUGUUGGCCUCCUCACCCUCAUCCUUGAGGCUGUCGCUGCAGUCCUUGCUGUUGUCAGCUCUGACGCUUUGGAGUGUGUGACGGCUCUGCUUGCUGGCCUUGCUGAGGUCCUCGGCUGCCUUGUCUGCGCGAUCCUCCUGCUCGUCAACGGCAGCCUGAGCGGCCUGAUCAGCUUGAUCGUCAGCCUCGCCGGUGACGUCCUGAACAUCCUCGUGACGCUCAAGGUCACCGUCCUUAUCAGCAUCCUCGGCAUCACCGUGUAA